AUGAUAAAGCUUACAGUCUUCUGGUCGGUAUUGCUCACCCUGGCUGCCUCUUCGGACACAGACUCCAGAGCACUGUUGUUCCCGGGAAUGACCACAUUGCAAGUCACCAUGUGCACAGCAACGAACGGUCGCCUGUUUAUGCCACCGACGAAAAGCUACCCCGUACGCCGGCUGGGCAUUAAUCUGGGCUUCCAGGUGAACUACGUUCUUCCCUUCCGGUUGCUGGAAUUCUACAAACCGACGCACUGGGCCCGUGCCUUUCUCGGUGUGGUGCAGGGGAAAUUUCAACCAACAACCGUCGUUAUGGCACGCGAAUUCAAACGAUCCGUUACACACUCCAGCUCGGAUCUUACUGCCGGCCAGCUGUACCGGGCCGUUGAAGAGUUAAUGGACGCUACGCAGUUUGGCUCCGAUUGUCUGGCCAAGAGCGUCUGCGAACUUGCCCACAGUCCGUUCCACCGUAAUCAGGAAGAUCUACUGGAGGAAGCCGUCCACUUCUUGCUAACCCCAUCCGUGCACCGGUCGUUCGGGGAGUCUGAGUACCACGAUCGAGCUAAGUACGAAAUGGCCGAAAAUCUGGGUGCAAGUGGAGCGGAUUGUGAUCUUAUCUAUGCCAGUUGUCCAAAGUCGUUGUUGGCACAUCACUCAACGCUCGAAUGA